AUGGAUCUAUCACCUCCAUCCUUGACCAGGUCACCGGCGUCACCUCCAAGUACAAAUUGCUCCGACAGCCCUACUCUGGAUUAUCCCUCGCCGGAAUUUGUUGACCCAAUCUACAAGAUCGCUUCCAUGUUUGAGCAGCCUUGCGCAACCAUGUCUUCCAAUAUGGGCUCCGAACACUCGCUCCCGCCUUUGGAUGCUAUGACCUCGGCCGGCUGGAGUGGGACUACCGUGAUACAUCCUAGCUCGACGUCAACGGCCCCGAAUAUGUCGUCGGCCGACUAUGAUCCCUUCGCUCACUACGAACCUAACAAUAUGCAUGCAUCGUACAGCCAUGAGCUCUACCAAUCUCAUCAUACUCACGUACCUGUGCUUUCAAGUAGUGGUACUCCUCCUCCCAUGUCUUCGGUAGCUUCUCGAUCGCCAGACCCAUCCUCGAGGCACGCUUUCGGUUAUUCACAUAGUGUUUCGCCAAUACCGCGGAUCAAGAUGGAGAGUGCUGCUGCCGCCGCCGCCGCUGCCGAUUAUUCUGGAGCUGAGCUAACACAGUAUCCAUCACCUCGUUCCGCCCACUCGUUACCUCUGGAGCAUAACGGUUACGGCUCGACUGCCGGUAGCUCGGGUUAUCUAUCAGAUGUUCCUUCAGGGUCAUGGCCCAGGUCUGAAUACUCGUCCCUCGAGUCAGACCAAUAUUAUGCUGGACCUAGCGGAGCCGGGGCAGCUUUCUCUCAUGAUAGGCGACAGCUACGUGUACCAAGGGCGGCAAGGAGGCAGCCUCGAAAAUUGACGACGAAGGAGGAGGCCAAUUUUCAAUGCGAGGUUAAAGGGUGCGGUAAGCUAUUUAGCAGGAGCUACAACUUUAAAGCACACAUGGAAACCCACGACGAAAAGAGGGAAUAUCCCUUUCCCUGUACGGUCCCAGAUUGCAACAAGAAAUUCGUCCGGAAGACGGAUCUACAAAGACACAACCAGAGUGUUCACAUGAAAGAAAAGAACCACAGGUGUGAUUACUGUGGUCGAAUGUUCGCGCGGAAAGAUACCCUUCGAAGGCAUAUGGAAGAUGGUUGUUCCAAGCGCUUCGAUUUGGGCACAUUAGACUUGCGCUCCGAUGGCUACGAUGCUUAUCCGGCGCCGACCAGAACGCUCGGUAGUACCCCGGGCACCUAG